UAAAAAGGGGGAUCUGCUUCUGCGGUAGCUGCAUGCAAGAAAGUGUCGGAAGUCGAUCACACUGGGUGAGAUGGGUGAGAUGUGCUUGGAUGCCAGCUGUUUCAUUAAUAGACACCCCUCCUAUGGUUUUUUUUGGCUGCUGCAGCAUCAUUUGGAUGUGUUGUGUGGAAUAUAUGGUUGUGCAGUAAAUAAAGCCCACGGAGACACUUGGCGCGCGAUGUUAGGAGGAUGAGUAAAUACUCUUAAUUGUGUGACUAUGAUUUUUCUCAGUUCUCUACUAUGCUUCUCUCUCCACGGUGCCAUCGUGUGUGCCUUUAGGAGCUAUCACCACCGCGCGCAUAUUGUUAUUAGAUUGGAAGGUAUAAACUUAAAUGUAUUCCACUCUCGAAAUCAGUUGGUGUCUCUUUUUUCACGCGAUCGCACUGUGUUUGCGCGCUCUCACCGCGCUAUCAGUCUACGAGGAAAGAAAAAUAAAAAAUAAAAGAGAAGAUUUUCUGCUGGAGACUGUGUGUGCUAUCUGUGCCACAUUGUGAUGCAUUGCACUUUUCUGUGUCAAAUGAAUUGAGUCCAGAAAGUUUUUCUUUCCCUCACAAUUCCAAUUAUAUUUAGCGUGAAAAUCAUUGGGUUUGUGUCUUCACCACUUUGAUUCACUAAAUCCUGGGAUUGAAAAAAUUUCCCGGAACCGGCAAUGGGCUGAAGGAGUGAGUGGGACAAACAGCAGCAGGAACAUUCAACCCCUCGUGCUGAGAAUUCAUAACACACACGAAAAAUCGAUUUACAAAUUCCCAACGCAUGCGUCCCUUUGCGAGGGUUCCUGAACAUAGGCCAGAGAGUAUUCAUAUUGUUUUGUUGAAGGGCUCGUUUCCACUCCUUGUUUUUGCAAAAGAAAAAAGGCUCAAAAAUUAACUCAAAACAGCUUGUACGGCAAAUUCAAAUCCACCCACAUUUGACGAGUGAACCCAUCAAUUUGGCUAGCCCACAGUGGAUGGGGAGCAUUUGAGAAAAAAAUGCGAGUGAAUUGUUCAGAGUGAAUUGAUGCCAAUUAAGUGUUAAGGUUUUGGAGGAGUGUGAAGAGAAAAAAAAAAUGGCUGGCAUCAAGAGCUACAGCAUGGAUCGCGAGAGGGACUACAUUGGCUUCGCCACACUCCCCGAGCAGGUGCACCGAAAAUCCGUGAAGCGGGGCUUUGAGUUCACCCUGAUGGUCAUGGGGGAGUCCGGCCUGGGCAAGUCCACCCUCAUCAAUAGCCUCUUCCUCGGGGAUCUCUACAAGAAUCGCAUCAUCCCGAAUGUUGAGGAACGCAUCGAGAAGACAACGCGUAUUGAGAAGAAGACAAUGGACAUUGAGGAGAAGGGUGUCCGCUUGAGACUCACAGUGGUGGACACCCCGGGAUUUGGGGAUGCUGUCAAUUGCGACGACAGCUGGCGCGUGUGCUCGGCAUACAUUGAAGAGCAAUUUCGGCAGUACUUUACAGAUGAGAGUGGCCUCAAUCGGCGCAACAUCCAAGACAAUCGUGUCCAUUGCUGCCUCUAUUUCAUCCCACCUUAUGGGCACAGCUUGAGACAGAUGGAUUUGGAGAUGCUGCGUCGUCUUCACCGGAAAGUCAAUAUUGUCUUGGUGAUUGGGAAAGCCGACACGCUCACGCAGGUGGAAGUGAAGAAACUCAAAGAGCGCAUCCUCGCAGAUCUCGAGGAGAAUAACUUGCAGCUCUACCAAUUUCCCGAUUGCGAUUCCGACGAGGACGAGGAGUUUAAGCAGCAGGACAGAGAGCUAAAGGCAUGCCUCCCCUUUGCCGUGGUGGGCAGCAAUACAAUCCUCGAGGUGGCCGGCAGGAAGAUUCGUGGCCGACAGUACCCAUGGGGUGUGGUCGAUGUGGAGAAUCCACUCCACAGUGACUUUAUUAAGCUCAGGACUAUGCUCAUUUCAACGCACAUGCAAGACCUCAAGGACACCACGCAGGAUGUUCACUACGAAAACUUCAGGGCCCAGUGCAUCUCGCAGAUUUCCCAGCAUGCCCUUCGUGAGCGUGGGAAGUUGAAGAGGGACUCCGUGGCAUCUGCCAAUGAAGCCAGCAUCACAGAAACUGAUCGACUUCUCCUGCAGAAGGAUGAAGAAAUUCGUCGAAUGCAGGACAUGCUAACACAGAUGCAGGAGAAGCUGAAGGCGACCAAUUUGGCUGAGCUAAAGAAAAACGAAAGUGUGAUUGAUGUGUAAAAAAAAGGAAGCACACAAGCAUCACAUCCCAAAAAAAUCACCAAAAUCCUCUUAUUUAAUCCUCCUCCUCCUUCUUAGAACAAAGACUCACACACUAUUUAUCGCGCAAAUUAGUGGUAAAAUAAAAUACAUAAAAGAAGAAUCUUCAGGAGGUAGCGCAUCACAUUAAACACAUUUAAAAAAUGUACUUCAAACGCAGAAAUUUUAGCCCAUUAUUCGUCAUUCUACCAAAUAUUAGACCGAAAAACAACAAUUUUUCUACACAAAUUUACCAUUUUUAGUGUGAUUUAAGAUAAAAUUUUGUGUUUAACAUUUUUAUUUAACCCAAAGGAUGCAUUUUACCUCUUUUAUCUUUUUUCUUUGGAUCAAAAGCAAUUAAACCAGCGAAAGCACAUAAUUUAUCUUUUUUUUUAAAGAGAGUUUACAAGAAUGACUUGUAGUGAUUGUUAAAGUUAGAACAAUUUUGAUUUUAUUAAGAUAUUUUAGAGAGAAUAAUAUAAAUAAACGGUCGAAAAAUAA